ACACUGUAGGUACUCUCUGGGACACAUGGAUCAACAACAGCAGGGUGAUAAGAAUCUGAGUGUGUUCGUUGGACCCUGGGGAGGAAAUGGAGGAACCGCUUGGGACGACGGGAUCUAUCAUGGUGUGCGUGAAAUCAAGCUUGUAUAUGAUCACUGCAUUGACUCCAUCUCUCUGGUCUACGAUAAGAAUGGUAAAGCUGUGAGAUCAGAGAAGCAUGGAGGCCAGGGAGGCAACAAAACAACAGAGAUAAAGCUGCAAUACCCAGAAGAGUAUCUGAUCGGCGUGAGUGGUUACUACUGUCCAGUAGUGCACAGUGGUACUCCUGUGAUCAGAUCAAUGACCUUCAAGAGCAAUAAACAGGUGUAUGGACCUUACGGAGUUGAACAAGGAACACCUUUCAGUUUCUCAGUAAACGGAGGUCGCAUUGUUGGCAUGAACGGUAGAAGCGGCUGGUACCUUGAUUCCAUCGGCUUCCAUCUCUCACGCCCUAAAUCAACCAAGGUGAUCCAUAAGCUUCGAAAGAAGAUUCACUGGUUCACAAGAAUGGUUGCAUGACAAGGCCUUCUACAUAGAAUAGAAUAUUUAUGUAUAGAUGUAACACUGAACUCUGCGAAUAAGGAUGUUACUUUUUUGUUGCACAAACUCA